AUGGAUGCUAAGGGCGUGCUGGAUGGGCUGCUGCGGGACCCUGGAAACGCUAAGUGUGCGGACUGCAAAGUGCAGGCGCACCCGCGGUGGGCCUCGUGGUCUCUUGGUGUGUUCCUGUGCAUUGGGUGCGCAGGGGUGCACCGCUCGUUGGGGACGCACAUCUCGAAGGUGAAGUCUGUGGAUCUGGACGCCUGGCAGAGCGAGAACCUCGAGGUGCUCGUGCGCAACGGGAGCAACGUGCGUGCGAACGCGCUGCUGUACGAGACGAAACUGACGGAACCGUGGGACUUGGGCGAUGACGAUGACCUCUUGAAACAGUUCAUCAAGUGCAAGUACGAGUUGCGGAAGUGGUGCAGUGAUUGCACCGUGCUGGAUCAGCCGCAGCCGACGUCCAAGGUAGAGACCGAGACAGCGCCGCCAGAGACUGCGGCCGAGACUGCCGCAGUAAUAACCCCACAGGAGAACCCGAGGAGGCGCUCUGAAUCCUACGGGAGCAAAAGCGACCGUCCGAGUCUCGUGAACUUGCAGUCUCUCAAGGACAAGAAGCAAGAGCAUUCCCCCCGCAGCAGCAACAACAAGGCUACAGGGGGCAGCAGCCAUUCGUUCGAAGGUCGAUAUACGAUCUAUACAAGAACGAGAAACUGCCAGGGUCGUCGAGAUGAAGUUGGAAUAUACAUAUAUAUACAUGCACUUACGCUAACUACUUAA